GUUGCGAAAUGUCGUAAUGUUGUUAGGACAUGUGGGUUGGAGUGGAGAGACAGCAGUAGUGGGCUUGUAGUGGUUUGUAGUUUGUAGGAGUGUGCUUUGGUCAUUCACAGGCGGAUCGACAACAGUUUCGAGCAGUCAUGGAUGCAGCUGAGGAUGAGUUUAUGAAGUAUCGGUCGCCUCUGGUGUCACGGUACGCCAGUAAAGAGAUGGCCUAUAACUUCAGCGACAGGAAGAAAUUCACAACCUGGAGAAGACUGUGGAUUUACUUGGCCAAAUCGGAAAAGGCUCUUGGUCUGCCCAUCACAGAAGCGCAGGUGGAGGAGAUGGAGUCCCACUCGGAGGACAUUGACUUCGGCAUGGCGGCUGAGGAGGAGCGCAGGCUGAGGCACGACGUGAUGGCGCACGUGCACACCUUCGCCCACUGCUGCCCCACCGCCGCUCCCAUCAUCCACCUGGGCGCCACCUCCUGCUACGUGGGCGACAACACGGACCUGAUUGUGCUGCGUGAUGGGUUUGACAUCCUCCUUCCCAAGCUGGCGCGAGUGAUUGACAGGCUGGCGAACUUUGCAGAGAAAUACGCCGACCUGCCGACCCUGGGCUUCACCCAUUACCAGCCGGCCCAGCUGACCACUGUGGGCAAGAGGGCCUGCCUCUGGCUGCAGGACCUGGCCAUGGACGUGAGGAACCUUCAGCGCGCCCGUGACGACCUACGUUUCCGGGGCGUCAAGGGGACCACCGGCACUCAGGCCAGCUUCCUGCAGCUGUUCCAGGGGGACCAUGAUAAAGUGGAGGAACUUGACAGACUGGUCACAGAAAUGGCUGGAUUUAAAAAGGCCUACCUGGUGACCGGACAGACCUACAGCCGCAAGGUGGACAUAGACUCCCUGUCAGUGCUGGCCAGCCUAGGUGCCACUGUUCACAAGAUCUGCACCGACAUCCGCCUGCUCGCCAACCUGAAGGAGAUCGAGGAACCGUUUGAGAAGGAGCAGAUCGGCUCCAGCGCGAUGCCCUACAAGCGGAACCCCAUGCGGGCGGAGCGCUGCUGCAGCCUGGCCCGCCACCUGGUGGCCCUGCUGUCCGACCCGCUGCAGACCGCCUCCGUCCAGUGGCUGGAGCGGACGCUGGACGACAGCGCCAACCGGAGAAUCUCCUUGCCCGAGUCCUUCCUCACUGCCGAUAUCAUCCUCAGUACCCUGCAAAACAUCACAGAGGGCCUAGUGGUGUACCCCAAGGUGAUUGAGCGGCACAUCCGUCAUGAGCUGCCCUUCAUGGCUACGGAGAACAUCAUCAUGGCCAUGGUCCAGGCCGGCGGGAACCGGCAGGACUGCCACGAGAAGAUCCGCGUGCUCUCCCAGCAGGCCGCAGCUGUGGUCAAACAGGAAGGGGGCGAUAACGACCUCCUGGACCGAGUUCAGGCCGACCCCUACUUCGCUCCCAUCCUGGGGCAGCUGGACGCCCUCCUGGACCCCAAAACCUUCGUGGGACGGGCUCCUCAGCAGGUGUCCAGGUUUCUGACGGAGGAGGUGCGCCCUCUUCUCCAGCCGUACAAAAGCAAGAUGGACGUGAAGAUUGAGCUGGAGCUCUGAAGCCUGACGUGGCUGCACAGAUCAGAAAUUGAGUCCACUGGGGUUGGGCUUUCUGUCACUGACUCGCACCCGGGUUAUCGCAACGCUGCGGUCCCAUGUCUCUGUGGGUCCUCGCGCUACUUCACCUGAAGCUUGCGCCACUUACAAACGGAAGAUCCCUUUUUACAGGUGCAUCCGACCAUGCCCCUGAACAACCGUGCGUGUUGCAGCUGUAUUGGAAUAAAAAUAUAAAAAAAAGUG